AUGUAUGCUGAAAAGCUCAGCACUGCCAGGGUGGAUAUGGGAAGAGAAUGGGCGAUGAUGUCACCUCGGGUGCAGACUUUCAGCAGGGGUGAGAACAGAAUGUCUGGUUGCGAUAAAACCGGAGGCAAAGGGCACGCCAAGGACAAGACUCGCUUCUCCAGAGCCGGGCUCCAAUUCCCCGUUGGCUGUAUCCACCGGCUGCUGCGCAAGGGUCACUAUGCCGAGCGGGUCAGGUCUGGAGCCCCUGUCUACCUGGCCACUGUCCUCGAGUACCUGACGGCCAAGAUCCUCGAGCUGGCCGGCAACGCGGUCUGGGACAACAAGACCACCCGCAUCAUCCCUGCCAUGCGUAACGACGAGGAGCUCAACAAGCUGCUGGGAGGGGUCACCAUAGCCCAGGGUGGGGCCUUGCCCAACAUUGAGGCUGUGUUGCUGCCCAAGGAAACCAGCCACCCCAGCAAGGUUUAUGCCUGA